AUGCCUCGUAUCCAAGACUUUGAGGGUAUGCAAUGCUCUCGCACCGGCGAUGAGCUCGAACAGCAAGAUUAUGCAUUCUUUAACCAGCAGUAUGCCACCUCUUCGUACCAAGAGGAGCAUAACAUGAACCCGGACCUCAUCGUCCGUCCCAAACAUGAUCAAGACGUCAUCAGGGCAGUCAACUGGGCCCGUGAGAACAAGGUCGCUGUGGCUGUGAAGAGCGGCGGUCACCAGUACAGCGGCGCAUCGUCCACGGGCGGCAGUAACAUACAGCUCGAUCUGAACGACACCUACAAAGACCUGAUGAUUAUACGGCCCAAGGACCCCAUUGCGGAGGACAAGGCGCUCGUCUAUAUUGGCGUUAGCACCACCAUGAUGGGCCUUAACAAGUACCUCACGCAUAACAAGCUCUUCGUUCCCACCGGGCAAUGUGCCUUUGUCGGCGUGGGUGGCCACGGUCAGACUGGCGGCUACGGACAGCUCGGCCGCAGCUUUGGCCUCUUCGGCGACCAUAUCAAGACCGUCCGGCUUGUCUGCCACGAUGGUAUCAUCCGUGACAUCACCAAGGCCAACGACCCAGAAGUGUUCUAUGCUCUGCUCGGCGGCAGCCCUGGUAAUUUCGGAAUCAUCACACAUUAUGUUGUUGAGGUGUACAAGUCUAAGAGUUACCUUGACACUGUUUCUGGACCCAACAACUUCAAGGGCCCCCACGGAAUCAAGGCCUUCUGGAUCUAUAGCAAAGAAGUCCUCACCCGCCUCCUCACCACCGUCGCUGCAACGGCUGACGAUCCCACUUUCCCACGUGGCUUCAACCUAUGCGUUAGCGUUGUUAGCAUGGACUUCCCUAUGGCAACGCUGUUCAAGGACCUCAACGACGGGACCGACAAGAUCAGGCACAUUCUCAAGGACAAAUUCCUCAAGUUGCUCAACAGCAAGGUUCCCUGGUGCCUGACUAACAAGGGCGACAAGGACGACGCAAGUGUCGACGCCUGGUUCGCCAAGUUCCGGGAACUUAAGGGGCUGCUGGAGAACGAAACCCUCCAGUUCAACGAGUUCGACAUGGAAAUGUCCGACAUGACUGGCCAAUGGCUCUUCCCAAAGGCGCGCAAGUUCGACCUGCCCUACGUCAAACGCACCUACGCGACCAAGUCGACGACGCUGGGCAAGGACAAGUGGGUCGACGCCGUGGUCAACCGCAUCGAUCUCAUCUACAGCCCCGAGCACUUCCUCCAGGAGGUGGCCGGCGAGAACGGCUUCGAGCGCUACAUGCGGUGCAAGCUCUCCGUGCAGAUCCAGUGCUUCGGCGGCAAAAACUCGCGCUUUUGCACCAACAGGGACAACGGGACCUCGUACAGCUGGAGGGACUCGUCCGUCUUGCAGACCCUGGACUGCUUCCACAACCCGGACGAGGAAUCCAAGAAGUAUGCGCAGGCGUGGCAGGCCAAGAACCACGCCGUCAUGACCGGGCCGCAGAGCCCUUUCAGCAAACAGGACAGACGCGUGUUGUGGGGUUCCUACGGGGACUGGAAGAUGGCCGAUGAGAAGAUCUGGAGGACGUACUACGAGGACGAGGCCAAGUACAAGCGGCUUGGUAAAGCCAGGGCUAAAGCUGAUCCCAACGGCACGUUCACCGCGAACCCUUUUGCAGUCACCGCGGUUCGCGAUUAA